GAACUGAAAUGGAGUCCGAAUCCAAUGACCGCAAGGACUUGUCUUUGCCCGGACAUCAACUGGACCUUCUGCAGUCAUCUGUGGCCUGGGCCACCGGCCGUCCUGUGAUUCUGCUCCUGUUCAACGCCGGCCCCCUGGAUAUCAGCUGGGCCAAGGAACAGGAUGGCGUGGGGGCAAUCGUGGCUUGUUUCUUUCCUGCUGAGACCACAGGGCUGGCUGUGGCCAAGAUGUUGGUGGGUGCUGAAGGGGCAAAUCCUGCCGGCAGGCUGCCAGCUACGUGGCCAGCAGGAAUGGACCAGGUACCCCCAAUAGAGAACUACACAAUGAUUGGCAGGACAUAUCGCUACUAUGGACACGAGGCACCGAUGUACCCCUUUGGCUAUGGACUCUCAUACACUGCCUUCCAGUACAGGGAUUUGGUAGUGAGUGCUGACCAAGUGCCCAUUUGUGGGAAUCUUAGCAUCUCUGCGGUGGUGGAGAACGUUGGAUCCAGAGAUGGUGAAGAGGUGGUGCAGCUCUAUCUCCACUGGGGACAAGCAUCUGUGCCCAUGCCCCGCUGGCAGCUGGUUGGUUUCCGCCGGUUGCCGAUACGCCAGGGACAAGCUGCCAAGGUGGCCUUCCUAUUAUCUUUCAGCCAGAGAGCCGUAUGGGAUGGACAGUGGUGGUUGGAGCCUGGCACUUUCACCGUCUUUGUUGGUGGCCAGCAACCCUUCCAAGAAGUACGUCUUCCUUCAAAUGUCCUCCAGACCGACUUUCAUGUCUUUGGGGACUCCCGUAGUGCAAGCCAAUGCUAGUCUCCCAAACAGGCCAGGAUUGCUCAGGGAAAUUGACCCAGUGGCUUGCUGAGCCAGAGUUUAUCAAAAAAGAAGCUUUGCACCAAGGGUGAAAUCCACUUACCUUCGCUACCAGUUCAGUAGCAAUGUGAGCGCUCGUGUGAAUCCUGCUUUCUAGC